AUGGAACCAAUCAUAUCAAUCAAGCAACUCAGUAAAAACUACGGCGAGAAAAAGGUCCUCAGCGAUAUUUCCCUGGAUAUUUAUCCCGGGCAGAUCAUUGGUUAUAUCGGCCCCAACGGAGCGGGUAAAAGCACCACGGUGAAGAUCCUUACCGGCAUCAUUCAUGAUUACGAAGGAGAAGUGCUGGUCAACGGAAAGCCGCUGCGCGACCAGGUAUUAGCGGUCAAGGCAAUGACCGGUUAUAUACCCGAGCUGGCCGAACUCUAUGAUUUGCUCACGCCUGCCGAGUACCUGAACUUCAUUGGUAAGCUGCAUCACCUGCCCGCCGCUGUUAUUGAAGAGCGUGCGCAGAAAAUGCUGGAUUCCUUUGGUUUAUCAGCCAAUAUGCAUCAGCGGAUGGAUAGCUUUUCAAAAGGUAUGCGCCAGAAAGUACUAUUGGUUGCCGGGCUGAUUCAUAAUCCUUCCAUCGUGAUCCUGGACGAACCGCUGUCUGGCCUGGAUGCCAAUGCCGUGAUUAUGGUUAAGGAAUUAUUGCAGGUGUCGGACACGGAUUACCGGUAUGUAUCUUAUCCGCCAAAGAUCUAUGAAGGGCGUGGUACUACAGGUGCUGAAGCGAUGCUGGACGACUUUAUCCUGCACCUGGAAGAACAGAAGCGGGCCUGGUGGAAAAUAUGGCACAGACAGCGGCCGCAGGCACCGGCUUUACCGCGCAGCAGCAAGGGCUGA